UUGUUGGCCUCAAAUAGCAAUAUCAUAGCAAGAUAGAAGUUCAAGAUUUUAUAAAAUUAUAGGAACAACCAGAUAUAUAGGGCUUUUGUUUUCACAAUAAUUUUGCGCAGCUCUGUUAUUGCAGCGUUUUGAUAAGAAUCCUGUGCGUAAUAUGAGAAGAACCCUUUUCUGUAUUAGUGAUUUUCUAAUAUGCUGAUUUGUAAGAGCAACGCAUUCAACUUUCUAUGCCGUUACUAGGUAUAAGUACGAUUUGUUGCCAGGAAGUGAAAAUUAAGUAAGAAUGAUAAAACUACAAUCGACUUCACUGGCUUUCUUUGCCAUUAUAUGUAUCACCACGGCGCAGAAAUACGAUGUGUAUCUCACUGCUCAACUGGAUGCAUAUUGCCGAAUGCAGGCUACUGAACAUAACGAGAUCGUAGAUUACAACGCAAGAAUACUUCAAGGUCGGAUGGGAAAGGCUGGACUUCGGGGACCUCCCGGACAUGUUAAUUAUACACUGCUUGAAGAAAUGAUAAAUAGAAAAGUUGCAGAGAAAAUAGACGAACUGGAAGCCGAACUCGUGAAUUCCGUAGAUGAUAUUAAAAACACCUUGAAAACACUAAAAGAAGACAAUGAGACACAACCGGAAUCUUGCGAUGGCGUGAUAUACAAGAAGAAAUGUUAUUUAGUUAUAGUUCAAAAGAUGACUCUCGAUAAAGCCAAGACCCUAUGCAGAUCUUUUAACGGAAAAAUGGCAGAUAUUUACUCUCUGCAACAUUAUGAUAAAGUAAUGGGAUAUAUGUCACAACACAUGGAUGCUCACCACUACGAAAUUCUUCUCGGAAUGAGCUUCAAUCCAACGACCUCAGAGGUUCGUUUGGAUGACGGAAGACCAGCUCCCUACGUUAACUGGUUGAGCGGAUGGCCAUCUUUAAUUUCUAUCAAAACACAAAUGUCAGUUCGUGUUAAUAACGAUGCAUCACUCUCAUAUAAAGGAAUGUGGAAUCAAGAAAAUUCCUACAAGUUUCAUGGCGUUCUUUGUGAAAUAUGAUAGACCUCUCGACAUGGCACACGAUUUUCUUUGAAGAUUUACAAGAACUCCGACAAAGACCGAACAUAAAACUAAGGACUUAACAAACUUUAUUUUCAAGCAUUAUAACGAAAACGGCGCUCCCGAAGUAUGUGCAUCAAGAUGGCGCACAACCUGAACCCUAAUCUGGUACAACUACUAUGUUCAGAUUGGGCGCCAUCUUGGUGCAAUACUUCUAAAGGUCCACGAAAACAGGAUAUAUGCCGAAUAUUUAGAUGAGUAGAUUUUAUCACGAAUAUUUGAAUGUAAUUUGUACAAAUUUCAACCGCGGCAUUCUAUUAAGAGUUCCAGAGUGAUAUUGACGCCCAAUUAUAUUUAGUCUAAUCAAUUUCAUGCCAAAAUGUAAAUAAAGGCAAUAUUCCAUUUUGUUUUACCACAUGAUAUUAUUAAAUAACAUGCACAAAAUUUAUUAAUAAUAAAACAAUACUAACUAGUC